CGCGCCUGUAGCUUUCUCUCUGAUCCCACGGUUGGCCUUCAAGAUGGCGCCGCAGAAAGACAAGAAGCCUAAGAAGUCAACCUGGAAAUUUAAUUUGGACCUUACUCAUCCAGUAGAAGAUGGAAUUUUUGAUUCUGGAAAUUUUGAACAGUUUCUACGGGAGAAGGUUAAAGUCAAUGGAAAAACUGGAAAUCUGGGGAAUGUUGUUCACAUUGAACGCAUCAAGAAUAAAAUCACAGUUGUUUCUGAGAAACAGUUCUCUAAAAGGUAUUUGAAAUAUCUUACCAAGAAAUACCUUAAGAAGAACAAUCUUCGUGAUUGGCUUCGUGUGGUUGCAUCUGACAAGGAGACUUACGAACUUCGUUACUUCCAGAUUAGUCAAGAUGAAGAUGGAUCUGAAUCUGAAGACUAGAUACGGCAGCCUCUUACAGGGUUUUGCUCGCUAAUAAAACAAAUGAAGCAUGCAAAGGAAAGAAACCUCUAGAAAUGGACUUUUAGUUUAUUGGUGAAUAAAAAACACUGUACCCUGUG